GGGCACUCCGCUCGCAGCCCGGUGCCAGCGCCGGGUCCCUCCAGCGGCCGCAGCCGCCCGACAGCGCGCCCCGGGACGUGCCCGCCUCGCGCCGUCUGCGCUAACUUCCCCGAGGGGCGCUGCGGCUUGCACCGCGACUUUCUGGGCUCUGGAUGGUUCGCGAGCUGCCCACCCUCGCCCACCCCUGACGCCACGAACCGCAGCUCCGCAGAGUCGGCGCGGCGCCGCGGACCGUCCAGCCGAGUUCCGUCCUUCGCGCGGGCAGCCAUUGUUUGAUGUCCUGUGACUGAGAAAACCAGCUUCUGAGUUUUACUAUGCCUUUGGAGAUGGAGCCCAAAAUGAGCAAACUCACCUUUGGGUGCCAGCGGAGUUCCACGUCGGACGAUGACUCCGGCUGUGCGUUGGAGGAGUACGCCUGGGUCCCGCCGGGGCUCAGACCAGAGCAGAUCCAGCUUUAUUUUGCCUGCUUACCAGAGGAAAAGGUUCCAUAUGUAAACAGCCCUGGAGAGAAACAUCGAAUUAAACAGCUUUUGUACCAGUUGCCACCGCAUGAUAAUGAGGUGCGGUAUUGCCAGUCUUUGAGCGAAGAGGAGAAAAAAGAAUUGCAAGUGUUCAGUGCUCAGCGGAAGAAAGAAGCACUUGGAAGAGGGACAAUUAAACUCCUGUCCAGAGCAGUCAUGCAUGCCGUGUGCGAGCAGUGUGGCUUGAAGAUCAACGGAGGGGAAACUGCAGUGUUUGCCUCACGUGCGGGCCCUGGAGUGUGCUGGCACCCGUCCUGUUUUGUCUGCUUCACGUGUAACGAGCUGCUGGUCGACCUCAUCUAUUUUUAUCAGGAUGGAAAAAUUCACUGUGGCAGGCACCAUGCUGAACUGCUCAAACCACGGUGUUCAGCAUGUGAUGAGAUCAUUUUUGCUGAUGAGUGCACAGAAGCUGAGGGUCGCCACUGGCACAUGAAACACUUUUGCUGCCUCGAGUGUGAAACGGUCCUCGGAGGGCAGAGGUACAUCAUGAAGGACGGCCGCCCUUUCUGCUGCGGCUGUUUUGAGUCUCUGUAUGCUGAGUACUGUGAAACCUGUGGGGAGCAUAUUGGUGUCGACCAUGCCCAGAUGACCUACGACGGGCAGCACUGGCACGCCACAGAAGCCUGCUUCUCUUGUGCCCAGUGUAAAGCCUCUUUGCUGGGGUGUCCCUUCCUUCCCAAACAAGGUCAGAUUUAUUGCUCAAAAACAUGCAGUCUCGGUGAAGACGUCCAUGCCUCCGAUUCCUCCGACUCUGCAUUUCAAUCUGCUCGGUCAAGAGACUCCAGAAGAAGUGUCCGGAUGGGCAAGAGCAGUCGGUCGGCAGAUCAGUGUAGACAGUCUCUCCUUUUGUCUCCUGCUCUAAACUACAAGUUUCCUGGACUCUCAGGCAAUGCCGACGACACCCUUUCUCGGAAAUUAGAUGACCUGAGUCUCUCCAGGCAGGGAGCAAGUUUUGUCAAUGAAGACUUUUGGAAAGGCAGAGUAGAGCACGAAACCCCAGAAGACCCCGAAGAAUGGGCCGAGCAUGAAGAUUAUAUGACGCAGCUCCUCCUCAAGUUUGGUGAUAAAAGCCUCUUUCAGCAGCAGCCCAAUGAGAUAGAUAUUCGAGCCAGUGAGCACUGGAUAUCUGAUAACAUGGUUAAAAAUAAGACUGAGUUAAAGCAAAAUAACCAGAGCCUUGCAAGUAAAAAAUACCAAUCUGAUAUGUAUUGGGCACAGUCACAAGAUGGACUGGGAGAUUCUGCCUAUGGCAGCCACCCAGGCCCGGCCAGCAGCAGAAGGCUCCAGGAGUUGGAUUUGGACCACGGGGCUUCAGGAUACAAUCAUGAUCAAACGCAGUGGUAUGAAGGUUCCCUGGAGUGUUUGUCAGACUUGAAACCAGAGCAGAGCGUCCGGGAUUCUAUGGAUUCUUUGGCUUUGUCUAACAUCACAGGGGCUUCGGUGGACGGAGAAAGUAAGCCGAGGCCAUCAUUAUAUUCUCUGCAGAACUUUGAGGAAAUGGAGGCAGAAGAUUGUGAGAAGAUGAGCAAUAUGGGAACUCUGAACUCUUCCAUGCUGCACAGGAGUGCGGAGUCCUUAAAGAGUCUAAGCUCAGAGCUGUGCCCAGAAAAAAUCAUGCCUGAGGAGAAACCAGUACACCUGCCAGUGCUCAGAAGGUCCAAGUCGCAGUCCAGACCGCAGCAGGUCAAGUUUUCCGAUGACGUCAUUGACAACGGGAGCUACGAGAACCUGGAGAUCCGGCAGCCUCCCAUGAGCGAGAGGACUCGGAGGCGCGUCUACCACUUUGAAGAGAGAGGAUCCAGGCCUCACCACCGCCGCAGGCGGAGCAGGAAGUCGCGCUCCGACAACGCCCUGAACCUCGUCACGGAAAGAAAAUACGCCGCCAAGGACCGCCUGCGGCUUUACGCGCCCGAGAACUACGAGAAAUUCCUCCAGAACAAGAGCGCCCGGGAGAUCCAGGCCUACGUCCAGAACGCGGACCUGUACGCGCGCUACGCCCACGCCGCGUCCGACUACGCGCUGCGCCACCCCGACGUGCCGCGCUUCCUGGGGCUCUGCGGCGAGGACGACGACUCCUGGUGUUCCUCCUCCUCGUCGUCCUCCUCCGACUCGGAGGAGGAAGGGUACUUUCUUGGACAGCCGAUUCCUCAACCCCGGCCACAGAGGUAUGCCUACUACACAGACGACCUUUCUAGUCCGGCGUCUGCACUGCCCACGCCUCAGUUUGGCCCGGGGACAACCAAAUCCAAGAAGAAGAAGGGACACAAGGGCAAGAACUGUAUUAUUUCUUAACCUAGUAGCUGUGGAGACCAUGUUUAAACUUUAAACUUAGCCAUUAACCAUCUUGAAGCAUAUCUUUUUUUUUCUUUCAUAGGAAAGUUGCUAAAAAUAGCUUAAAGUGCUUUGCCCAUGUAAAUGAGCCCCGACUGCUGUUUACAAUGUCAGGUUAACUUAGAGGAGGUGUGAUUUCUCCCGUUUACCCUCCCCGGAUGGUGCCCGGUUGCCACAACCAGUCUGGUGCAUUACAGUUUUACGUUGCUGCUUUGGUCUCCAGUCCGCAAGAGAAUCCGACAGACACUGUCGUGAGCCGAUUGGACGGGGGUGUUGAUUUUAGGCAACGGAGAACUUUGGCCACCUUUGUAAAGCAAUAGCGUUUGUCGUCCGUGUUCGCCAGGUUGGCGCAAGUCCGGAUCGGUCUGUCUUGUGCGGCAUGCACGUGGUCACACUGACCCAGCCAACAUUGUGCGUCCCAUCCCGUGAGGCCACCCCGUCCCCACUGCAGUCCUUUUUAGUCAGGUAAACAUUGUAUUGUAUUAGCUCCAGCUACAGAUUGGGGGGGGAAA